AUGAAGCCGGCUCUACGCAUCUGGUCUCCAGUGCGUCUCAUUGGGCCAGCUUACAUGGCACCAGCCUUGCGCAUGGUGUCCCUGGUUCGCCUGCAUAGCCCAUCCGGAGCCUCCAGUGACAUUCUCCAGUCCGGAGCCACCAGCGAUGGCCUCCAUUCCGGAGCCAGCAGCGACGGCCUCCAGUCCGGAGCCACCAGUGAAGUUCUCCAGUCCGGAGCCUCCAGCGACCGUCUCCAGUCCGCAGCCAGCAGCGACAGUCUCCAGUCCGGAGCCCGCAGCAAGGGUUUCCAGUCCGGGGCCCGCAGCGAGGGUUCCCAGUCCGGGGCCCGCAGCGAGGGUUCCCAGUCCGGGGCCCGCAGCGAGGGUUCCCAGUCCGGGGCCCGCAGCGAGGGUUCCCAGUCCGGGGCCCGCAGCGAGGGUGCCCAAUCCGGGGCCCGCAAUGAGGGUGCCCAAUCCGGGGCCCGCAACGAGGGUGCCCAGUCCGGGGCCCACAACGAGGGUGCCCAGUUCGGGGCCCACAACGAGGGUGCCCAGUCCGGGGCCCACAACGAGGGUGCCCAGUCCGGGGCCUACAACGAGAGUCCUCAGUCCGGGGUCGUCGAAUAG